AUGAGUGCAAUUAAUGAUUUUUACGACAAGCUCCGCCCUGAUCAAGUGACCAAAUUCCGAUCAAUUUUGGACGAUCUGAGAGGGGCCUACGACAACCUUGAUUCUGCCCAGAAAGAGUUCUUCGAGUCGAAAUACUCAGACGGUUCUGCUGCUGAUUGCCCGGUGGUGAAGCUUAUUGGUAAUGCUGGAGCCUUCGAUAAAGAAGCUACAACUGAUGGUCAAAGCCAUUUUUGUGUUCUUUUAUAA